AUGAAAUCAUUAUUUUUCAUUUUAUUAGCUCUUGUAGCUUCAAUUGCUCUCGUCUCUGCUGCCACUUCUGACGGUCCAACCAAUACUGCCGCUGGUGAGGAAUGUGUUCUCUGUGAGUACAUUGUUACCAAGAUCGAAACAUACUUGAACGUCAACGGUACCACCGAACCACAAGUCCUUGCCUUUUUGGAAAAGGAUUGCGCCAUUUUGGGUCCAUUGAACGCCACCUGCAUUAGCAUUGUCAACGCCUAUGGUCCAGCCAUCAUCAACACUAUCAUUAAUGACGGUAACCCCGAAGCUCUUUGUGGAGAUUUUGGACUCUGCUCAUCUUCAUCUGAAGCUGUUGAAGAAUCAAAGCCAAUCAUCAAGAAGGUUAUUGGUGACGAAGUCUGUGAUGUCUGUGACUUCCUCGUCAAGGAAAUCCAAACUUUGAUCCUCCUCAACAACACUGAAGCCGAAAUUGUCGCCUAUUUGGAAAAGGAAUGUGCUUUCUUCCCACCAUUGAACCAAACCUGCGUCCAAAUUGUCCAACAAUAUGGUAUCACUUUGAUCCAAGACCUCAUCAACAAGGUUCCACCUGCUCAAGUAUGUGCUGCAUUAGGACUCUGUGGUGGUAGCUCAUCAACCUCUACCGGUACUGGUUCAUCUAGCUCCAACUCUGGUUCAUCUGCCACCAGCGGAACUGGUACUGGUUCUGGCUCAGGUACCUCUGGUAACACUGGCACUGGAUCUGGUUCAGGUUCAGCUGGAUUUGUCAAAUUCCAUUAA